CACGGCUCCCCACAAAUAGAUAGGUUGUUGGAGGCCGGUGGGGGAUCUGAGGCCCAAGCAGACCGCAGGAACACCGGAGCGACUGGUUUGCAUCUCAGGCUUGGCUCCAAUGCCAGACUGCCCCGGGACAGAAUAAGAGAAAUAAGUGCUGCUUCUGCCAACCUGAUGGGGUGGCCUCCAGUGGACUUCACCAAGAAAAUCCUCAGCUGGAGCUCUGAGCCCCCGGGCACUGGGGUCGUCAUGAAGCGCCACUUCAAGGACCAUAGGGGAGAACAGUCACCAAUGGACAGGAGCACCCUCGGCCUGGCCAGCCCAGAGUCCACGGAGGAGAGCGUGGAAGUGCGAUGGACAGGGACCUCAAAGAGGGAGGAGCCAUCUCUGAGGCCGGGCCCAGCCGUUCCCCAUGAGGACAACAUCUACUUCUCGGGCAAGAGUCGGGGGAUGCUGAGCUGGAGCAGCUCGCCAUCAUCUCAGUCCUCCUCCGAGUACCAGUCUUACUCCCAGUACCAGUCUUGCUAUUCCUGCACGUACAGCAGCGAGGACGCUGCCCAGGAAAGUGUGUGUGCCUUCUACACCCACGUGAAGACUGUGCAGGGUGUGGCCGUGGCCUGGGAGACUGACAGUGGCUUCGAGCCAGUCAGCCGGCAGCCCAUCAUCCACGAAGCUGAGUUCAUCAAGAGGCAGAGGCGGAAAGGUUCCUCCUUUGAGAUGGCUUCCAACACCGACCUGCGGUGGGAACUGGAAGCCAGCAAGAACAACACCUGCUCAGAGCCGGAUGACAUGGAGCUGCUGGCGCCCCUGGAGUGCUGCCUGCAGGAACUGCGGGACACCCCUGACUGGCUGGUCACCACCAACUACGGGCUGCGGUGUGUGGCCUGCUGCCGGGUCUUCCCCACGCUGGAGGCGCUGCUAGAGCAUGCCCAGCAUGGCAUCCAAGAGGGCUUCAGCUGCCAGAUCUUUUUCGAGGAGAUGCUGGAGAGAAGGCGGGCCCAGGGCCAAGUGCAGGAGCAAGAGCCAGAGCAGGAGGAACAGAGCGUUUCAGACAGGCCCCGUGUCAAGGUGCUUUUGUCACAGUCACAGUCACAGUCGCCGAAGCAGUGA